CAUGUUCCCUGUACAACACAGUGCGCCUUCAAGAAUUGUAGAAAACGCAAUGUACUGCCGCCAUUGUUACCGUGUGGAGCUACGCAAAGUUCGCACCAAAUACAUUCGGUUUUAUCGUUACAGAUCGUCUUUAAAUGCAGAAUAACGUUACGGAAUUGACGCAGAAACUACUUAGAGCACUUGAUAAUAAGUAUAAUGUUACGGAUAUGGCCAUUGUUAUCGAAGUUAUUACCCAACUCGAAAAUAUAUCUAUCACGAAAGAGUUACUUGAGACCACCCGACUGGGAAAGCAUAUUAAUGAGUUGCGACGUAAAUGUAACGACGGAUCUUUGGCGAAGCGGUUAAAGGAGCUUCUGAAGAAAUGGCGCAGCAAAGUGCUUCCGACGCCGGCGACGCAGCCAAUAACGACGCCGCCUGUCGAUACGAAUGGGCAGCUAAAGGCAUCCGAGCAUCACCAGGUGCAGGAGAACAGGAAGCGCCUGGCCAAAGAGAUGGGUGGUAACAAUACGUCGAAAAGGGCGCGUAUCAACGGCAUCAACGAGUAUGACUAUUCGGACAACUCUAACUCCAGUUUCAAAGAUACCCUGACGACAAAGAACGUGAUACUGAUAAAUUCGGAUUCGAACUCGAGCAUACCGGACAUCAAAAACGAGCCGCUGCUGGAGGAACAACAGCCCAAGAAGAGGGGUAGGAAAAAAGGCUCGAAGAACCACAAGAGUCUGUUGGAUGAGGCGGAGACCUCCUUUAUGAGCAAGAUGGUGGUGUCACGGGGGAACGCCAAGGUGAAGACCACUCAGGAGCUCAUAGCAUCGCUGCAGAACAAGAGCACAUCGGCGCCGGCGCCGCCUGUAGCAUCCUCGACGACAUCGUCGCCAGCCAAGAAUCUGGAAGACUGGAACGAAAGAGCAGCGAAACUAACGGAGCGAGUCAGCUUCAUCGACCAGAAGCUAAACGCUAGUGCGAAUCGGAUAAAGAAAAAGACUAAAAACAAUCGGAAUGUGUUGGAGUCGGGCGUGGUGACGAACCACCAUACAAAAAUCGAGCAGAUCAGGCCCGAAUCGCCGGACGAGGAUGAGAUCGUCGUGGUCGACGAACCGGAGACGGCAACUGUCACCGCCCCUCAGCCGGAUCCCUCGCCAUUCAUGAUACCUACUACGAUGACGCCCUCCCUAUCGGAGGCGGAGGCUCUGAGCAGACUUCCUCCCAUCGACACCAGUUGCCUAUAUGACUAUGAGGAGGAGCCGUGCACGUGCAGCGUUGAACCCACGCCUAUAGAAGAUCCGGAUUGUUCGGCCCGCUCCCACCUCCAGCACCGUUACCGCCUCCUAGACGUCGACUCAGACCGAAUACAUGACCUACACUCGCAGUAUCAAGACGACGUAAACGGCAACUUCAGUUCGGAAAAGAAGCCCGACCUCGCGGACUCGGGCGAUAAAAUAGUGCCUACUUUUUAUGAAUUGUCGCCCAAACAAGUAGAUAGGAACAGUGUUUGUGAGAAUUUCAAAAAGUACAGUAUUUCAGAUAGUGCGGACGCCGUUGGCGGCGAGAGUAGUUCGAACGCAAGAACCGGCAUGUUUCGUGAGUACCACGAGGUGUUGGACCGACCCUCCUAUAAUGGGGACGUCCUCAGGAUUUUACCAUACGUUGUCAUAGAUUGAAAAGGUUUUUAUAUAUGUUAUAUAAAAAUAUUCUGUUUAGUUAUAUAUA